AUGAAUAGCCGUACAAUACAAAUAAAAAACAAUUCAUACGAAGAUCCCUUCACCCAAGGAUAUGCUUUACAAGGACUGAUUGAUAAAGGGUCAGAAGGUAUAGUUUAUUCUAUUUUACACAAAAAAUCAGGACAGUUACUAGCAUGUAAAAAAAUCGAAGUUGGAGAAUCAAGAAUAAAUAAUCUAAGAGUACUACAAGAAAUUAGACUCUUAAAAUAUUUAAACCAUGAAAAUAUUAUUCAUUUAGAAGAGUAUCUUUUUGCUCAAAUUGAAUGUAUUAAUACUGUUUUUCUAGUCUAUGAACUUUUUCCAAGAAAUUUAUCAGAGAGUAUCAAAUCAGGACGGAUUACUGCAUCCACACAAAUGAAAUAUAUUGUUUCACAAUUGGCUUCUGCAUUAUAUUAUUUACAUAUUAAUAAUUUUAUUCAUCGAGAUGUGGUUUGUUUAAUAUAUUUAUUCCUGGUUUUCUUUAGAUAG